AUGGAAAAGGCCAAAAAUAACUCAAUGGAGACCAAAGUGACCGACUUCAUUCUCUUGGGAUUACCUCACCCAUCAAAUCUGAGGACCUUCCUCUUCCUAGUCUUCUUAGUCGUUUACAUCUUGACACAACUAGGGAAUAUGCUCAUCCUACUCACAGUCUGGGCUGACCCACAGCUCCAUGUUCGCCCCAUGUAUAUACUUCUGGGUGUCCUCUCCUUCCUAGACAUGUGGCUCUCUACAGUCAUUGUUCCACGGAUCAUCCUGAGCUUCACUCCUGCCAGCAAAGCUAUUCAAUUUGGAGGAUGCGUGGCCCAGCUCUAUUCUUUUCACUUCUUGGGAAGCACUCAGUGUUUCCUCUAUACUUUGAUGGCAUAUGACAGAUACCUGGCAAUAUGCCGACCUCUGCACUAUCCUGUGCUAAUGAAUGGACGUCUGUGCACAGUGCUUGUGGCUGGAGCAUGGGGGGCUGGCUCUAUCCAUGGUACCAUCCAAGCUACCCUGACUUUCCGGUUACCAUACUGUGGUCCCAAUCAGGUAGAUUACUUUUUCUGUGACAUCCCUGCAGUAUUGAGGUUGGCCUGUGCUGACACCACUAUCAAUGAGCUAGUGACCUUUGUAGACAUUGGAGUGGUGGCUGCCAGCUGUUUCCUGCUGAUCCUGCUUUCCUAUGCAAACAUUGUCUAUGCCAUCCUACAGAUCCGUACAGCAGAUGGGAGGCGCAAGGCCUUUUCCACCUGUGGCUCACACCUCACUGUGGUUACUGUAUAUUAUGCUCCUUGCAUAUUCAUCUACCUCCGACCUGGCUCCAAAAGCCCCCUGGACGGCGCAGUGGCUGUGUUUUACACAGUUGUCACCCCAUUGUUGAACCCCCUAAUUUACACACUGAGGAACAAAGAAGUGAAGUCAGCCCUGAGAAAGCUAGCAGGGGGUGGAGGGGCCACUAAAUAG